GAAGAGGAAUGUUCUGAGCAUUAAGGGCACUAAGAAUAAAUCUGAGCUAUCAUGGAUAAGAUUACUUCCAACUCUUUAUUUCAUGUUUUCUGACAUAGACCCCAAGGUCUGUAAUUAUCUUAGGGAAACUGCGGGGGCUUAGACAGUGCUUUUUAGUUUCUUUGCCUUUUUUUUUUUUUUUUUUUUUUUUUUUGGCUUAUCUCUGCUUGGGGCUGAAGAGCUUGUGCGUGUGUGUGUGUGUGUGUGUGUGUGUGUGUGUGUGUGUGUGUGUGUGUGUUCCUGUUCCUGUAGUAUGCCAAAAAGAAAAAAAAGUGCUGAAGAGUCCUAGGGAGAUGAGGCUAUUUUUGUUCGAAGCUGAUACUUCUUCCUGAGCCACAAGUGCUGCUUGGAAAGGGCUCAGGUUGUUUCCGGGGGGGAGAACUCUGCAGAGAAGAGACAAAGUUCAACAGGACAACAAAGGAGCAGCAGAAACAGCCAGGAAAACGAAGAGCCCUCACCUUUUCACACUGAGCCCCCUAUCAGAGUUCUCGAAUUCUAAAGUAUUCUGCAAAGUGCCACUUGACCGGAACUUUUCGCCUGCCUUUUCUUUUCUCCAACCACCACCAUGACUGAGAUCACGGCUGAAGGAAAUGCAUCUACUACCACCACUGUGAUAGACAGCAAGAACGGAUCUGUGCCCAAAUCCCCUGGAAAGGUGCUGAAGAGGACAGUCACAGAAGACAUAGUGACAACAUUCAGCUCCCCAGCAGCCUGGCUUCUGGUCAUCGCUCUGAUCAUCACGUGGUCAGCUGUGGCCAUUGUUAUGUUUGACUUAGUGGAUUACAAAAACUUUUCAGCAAGCUCUAUUUCCAAGAUUGGCUCAGAUCCUCUAAAACUUGUACAUGAUGCUGUGGAGGAAACCACGGACUGGGUCUAUGGCUUCUUUUCUUUGUUGUCUGACAUCAUCUCAUCUGAGGGUGAUGAAGAAGAUGAUGAAGGUGGAGUCGAGGACACUGAUAAAGGAGAAAUAGAGGAGCCUCCAGUGAAAAAAAAAGAAAUACAUAAAGAAAAGACUGAAAAGCAGGAAAAACCUGAAAGGAAAACACAAACUAAAGUUACACACAGAGAAAAAGACAAAGCAAAAGAAAAAGAAAAACCUGAAAAGAAAGCAACUCACAAGGAAAAAAUUGAGAAAAAAGAAAAACCAGAAACAAAGACAGUGGCAAAAGAAGAGAAGAAAACUAAGACUAAAGAAAAGGCUGAAGAAAAGAGUAAAAAGGAAGUGAAAGGUGGGAAACAGGAGAAAGUGAAGCAAACAGCUGCAAAAAUAAAAGACGCACAGAAACCAUCCCCUAAACCCAAAGGGAAGGAUGAGAAAGAUGCUGCAGCUCUGUCCAAGCAUGAACAGAAAGAUCAGUAUGCAUUCUGUCGAUAUAUGAUUGACAUAUUUGUCCAUGGGGAUUUAAAACCAGGACAAAGCCCAGCCAUACCACCUCCAUUACCAACAGAACAAGCUUCCAGACCCACUCCAGCAUCACCUACUCUUGAAGAAAAAGAAGGAGAAAAGAAGAAAGCUGAGAAGAAAGUGACUCCUGAAGCAAAAAAGAAAGAAAAAGAAGACGCCAAAAAGAAAACGGAGAAGGAAAUAGCCACGGAUGUGAAAAAAAAAGAGCCUGGCAAAGCCCCAGAAACCAAACAAGGGACAAUAAAAGUUGCAGCACAAGCAGCAACUAAAAAAGAUGAAAAGAAAGAAGAUUUAAAGAAAACAAAAACACCUACAGAAGAACUACCCAAGGGGAAAAAACAGGAAAUGAAAGAAAAACAUGUGGAACCAGCAAAGUCACCAAAGAAGGAACAUUCAGCUCCAAGUGAAAAACAAGUUAAAGCAAAAACUGAACGAGCCAAAGAAGAGGUUGGUGCUGCCUCAACUAAAAAAGCUGUACCUGGAAAGAAGGAAGAGAAAACAACCAAGACAGUGGAGCAAGAAAUUAGAAAAGAAAAACCUGGGAAGACUUCUUCAGCUCCAAAGGACAAAGAACCUGUUAAGGGGAAAGAAGUGAAGGCUCCAGCUUCCCUAAAGGAAAAAGAACCUGAAAUUAAAAAAGAUGAAAAGAUGUCCAAAGCAGGCAAAGAAGUCAAGCCCAAGUCUCCACAGCCACAAGUAAAAAAAGAAGAGAAGCCAGAGUCACAAGUUAAAAAGGAAGCAAAACCAGUUUCAUCUGAAAAAGCUCAAAUACACAAACAAGACUUACCCAAACCGGAAAAGACUGUUUCUCAUGGUAAACCAGAUGAAAAAGUUGCCAAGCAGGUAAAAGCUAACGCAACAGAAAAAAUAGUUAAACCCAAACCAGCAGCAAAAAAAGCUGAACAUCAAGAAAAAGAAUCUCCAUCUAUAAAAACAGACAAACCAAAACCAACUCCAAAGGAAACAUCAGAAGUAACAGAAUCAGCAAAGAAGAAAAUUGAAAAAUCUGAAAAGGAAAGCAAAGAAAAAGCAGAAAUGAAACACCUUAAAGAAGAAAAAGUCCCAGCAAGUAAAGAAAGUCUUCAAUCACACAAUGUGACAAAAGCAGAAAAACCUGCAAGACUAUCAAGGGAAGAUUCUGAGGAUGUACCAGCUUCAAAGAAAGCUAAAGAUGAAGCUGAAGAUGUGUCUUCUACAAAGAAGCAAAAAAGCCCCAUCAGCUUCUUCCAGUGUGUCUACUUGGAUGGAUACAAUGGCUAUGGAUUUCAGUUUCCUGUCACUCCUGCACACCGCCCUGGGGAGAGCUCUGGUCAACCAAGUUCUCCAGGACAGAAGCAACAAGGGCAAUAAGAGACACAUGCACAGCCCCUACAAGUGCUUUAAGACUUUGAAAAUAGGAUCUUCCAUUUGCCCACAGUGGCACAGGCAAUUGAAAUCAUAUAGUCCAGAGAAUUUCUUUGAAAAUAUUUUACUUUUCUGCCUGGUGUAGAAAGAAAGGGUGAGCAAAGGGAUUGAAUAAUAAGCAGACAAACGGGAGGGUCUGGAGCACAAGAAUUUGUCAUUUGUUGCUGGGUGUGGGUGCUUAUAUUUUUUAAACUUCCAUUCACUGUAGGGUGUUCACAAAUUAAUUUAAAGUUUGCUUAAUAAUGGUCUUUUAAACAUAAUUGACACAAUUACAAAAUGAAGUUCCUGGCUUCAGUUAGAUAUUUACUUUUAAGUGAAAAUAAGACCAUGCUUUAAGUUGAAAGGGUAUACUAGCAUAGGCUGUUUUUUCCAUCAUGUAGUAGGUAAACUCAACUUACCCAGUAAGUUGAUGUGUAAUAGUUUAAUUUUAUUUCUAUCUGAAUUUUAGCUGUGACUAUGCUCUAAAAAGGGGUAACAGUUGCACCAAAGAAUGCUAUAAGUUCUUUGUGAUGUUCUCUUAGAGCUCAAAAUAUCUCUGAACUUUAGACAUGGUAAGAUGGAGUAGAAAUGUCUGAUGAAUCUUGUCUCUAAGAUUUGUCUUGAAGUACAAUUAGGACAUUCACUCCUGCGGAAAUACACCAUCCAAUUAGGCAAGUCUGGUGAAUCAUUUGUUUAAAUGUAAACAAAUGAGAGGUAGAAUAUUCAGUUUUUUCCAGACUCUGCCCUAAUGAAAAUGUCACCUGGUGGAAUUUUAGAUCAAUCACUAAAUUUGAGUGACAGAUGCAAGAAUAUUUUCAUUUUACUUUAAUAGGAUCAUUUUAUGGAUUUAAACAGGUUUUAUUCCUCGAAAUGUAAAAAUGUGAAUGUCAUCAAAGUUGAAGGAAUACAUUUUAAGCAUAAGUGCUUCAUGAGAUGUCUUAUUUGUUUUUUACGUAAUUGGUUACCAGUGUCAAUAAAAUGGAGGACAAUCUUUAACUUACUUGAUACAAUGCAUCACUGGGAAUGACUAUUAUAGUUGUGCCAUCCUUUGCUUCCAGUGAUAUAAACGUGUGGUUAUUUUUACCACAUUUUUCUAUCAACGCUAAAAGUCAUGCCACUGUAACCUUUAUUGUGUUUACAGUUGCAAUUCAGCUAUGACAAAUUAACUCAGGAAAUAAAGUGAGUUUUCUUACUGGCUUUAUAAUUGUCUUCAGUAAAGUCUGUAAAAGCCAGAGCUGAUACUAGCCAAGUGAUUUAUUUUCAAGGACUGCCAACUAAGUUCUUUAGGUCCAAGAUGUCAAAUGCUGUUUUGCUGAAAUAUCAUUAGGCUAGAGCAUCAGUAACAUGUUGAUUAAUAAUGGACUUUUGUGAAAAGUUUGUCUCAGUUGCAGGCUGAUGGACCUAACUCACACCACAAAAGCCAAUGGUACUAUGAACCAAGACUAAUGACACUCCUUAGGGGGCCCUGGAGGUGUGUAACUUGAGUACUGACCAGAUGCUAUCAACUUGCAAAGUCUCUUCAUGUAGCGAUGAAAACUUAUGGGUAGGACAGUGGAUUAAGUUUACUGCUCAACUGCUCCUCCAGUUGUCCAACUUAAUGACUAAAGGAAUAAAGAGUAAAUAUCCUAAUUUUUUUUUCAAUUUCAUAGAAAAGGAUGGCUUAUCCAUUCAAUAGCUAAUGAACAUUUACUCUUUCUAGGGCACUGUGUUAGGCAUUGGACAGUAAAAGAAAAAUAGUGAAUAUAAAUUCUUUUUCCAGUGCUAUCUUGACACGUGUGGCUUGGAAAUUUGCUAAAUGUACUGUGCUUGUUUCCCGUUGUGUAAAAUAGGGAUUUCAAGACAAAAAACCUUAUAUCUCACAGACAUACUGUAGAGACUGACAAAAUAUGUGACUGACAAAAAUGUGACAUCAAAAUUAAUUUCAGAAAUAAUUCUUGUGGAUGUGGCAAUGCUUUUCCCUCUGAGUGCUUUUCUACAUUGUAUUAUUGUUUCUUUCAUUAUCAUUAUGAAAACUAUUUGAUAAGAAAAUAAAGUAGGAUAAUUUAUUGUAAUAAGAAUAACACAAACCAAUUAUGGUGUAAACAGUAUAAAUAAUACUUGUUACGGUUUCUCUGCUUAAAGUUAUAAUGAAAAUAGCACAUGGAAAAUAUUACUAAACUCUCAUCUGUUCUUAUGGUACCAUCAAAUAAAGUAUUUCUAGUCCUUUCA